GUCACAAUACAUAACGGGUUCAAGUUGUAUCUUUGGGGCUUCAUGGGCCAUUUGGAAAUAACAAGGAAUAUGUGUGUGUGUACGAACAACCAGGAGUGAUGGGCUCUAGGUGUCAUCCACAUAUGUCGCUGUGCAAGCUGCCAUCGUUGAAACCUAUGAAGAUUUGAAGCCUUGAAUGUCGCACUGCUCGCCAGCGAACGCCAAGAGUGCGGGAUGAUGCGGGAUCCAACCGAUCGUUCGACACAUUUGACAUGGGCAACGCCAACGUUCGGUGUUUAGUAUGUCAUAACCAGAGGAAGUCAAUGACGCAGGAGGUCAGCAGGCGAGAGGCGUAUAAAUGCCCCGUAUACGAAUUGUUCGAGCACCAAAUAUUCCCCCCUCCCCCUCCUGAGGUCACCGCAGAAUUCGCGAGAAGCAUGUCUGACAAGCUGGAAGAGGGACAAGAUGUCUCGUGGCGCUGGGGAGGAGGGAAUCCCACGGGCACUGUCUCCGAGGUUGUAACCGAAGGGAAGGCUGAGGUGGUCAGCAACAAGGGCAAUACGGUUAGUCGCAACGCUAGAGGUGCAGACGAUCCGGCUGUGAAGAUAUCUCGCAGCGGGAAUGAUGUCGUUAAACUGGCACAUGAGCUCAAUGAGGUCAAAGAGGCGGAGUAGUCGCCAGAUUGCGCCUUCCAUAGCGGAUGGUGCUAGUAUCGCAUAGCCGAGCGGUCUG